AUGGAGAUUUUGCAGCAUAUUAUUUUGAUAUUCGCGAUUUACUACGUGGAAGCCAAGUAUAUAAAUGUGGAUUAUCAAUAUGAUGAAGAUGCGAAGGUUUGGCUUAAACUCCACAGAGUAAAAACAACCUGGCAUAGAGCACGCAAGAUGUGCAAUUUGGAAGGAAUACCAUUAAAAAUCUUGAUGGAUCAUUUGGGUGUCGGUCCAUUGGAGAACUCUGAUCACUCCUGUGGAGUGUUGGAGGAUGGACUUCUGGUGAGCGGCAGUUGUUGGGAGAAUCAUCCUUAUAUUUGCUACAAACGUGAUAAUGAUGGUCUGGAAUUAACAUCAUGUGGAACGUUUGAUAAAGAUUACGUAUUGGACAAGAGAACUGGUAGCUGUUAUAAGUUCCAUAUUGAAGCAAAGCCGUGGGUUGAGGCGUACAAAACUUGCUUUGUAGAACAAGCGUACUUAGCAAUAAUUAAUAAUAAUGAUGAGGCACAAGUGCUAAAAGAAAUUUUUGCAAAACAUCCUAGUUCCACUAUAAAAUCUGGCCAACCGGAUGUCAUGAGUAUCGGUAUUGUUGACUGGGAACAAAACAAACGAUGGUAUACGAUUCAUGGUGAACGCUUAGAAGAUUCUGGAUACUCUUCAUGGGAAAAAGGAGAGCCAAACAAUGGAUAUUGUGGCAACGUAAACCGUGAAGGUUUUUUAAAUGAUAAUCCAUGUUAUAAAGAGUGUGCUUUUGUCUGCGAAAAAGAUGUAAGAUUUAUGCAAACAAAUGCUACUACUGAUCUAAUGCCUAGAGAAAGUUAUACGAUUAAGUCAAUG